CCGACGGAGGUGCAAGGCUGGAAACGUCCGCUCCUUCUGCCCCUUCCUUUCUUUCCCUCCCCACCUGGGUUGGUGACUCAGCCACCCCAGGUUGAAAGAACUGCGUUGUAGGCUGUGAAUUUGGAAACUCAAAGAGUUAACAGAUCAAAAACUAACACAGGGGAGGAGAGAAAGACCACACCCCAAGGGAGCGCCGAGCCAAGUCACAGGAGGAAAAUCCUAUUGGCAUCGAGGAGGCACGGAGCCCGCCCCUGGGCGCGGCCUGCAGGGGGCAGGCGAUAGCCCAGGAAAGCGGGGGCAGGAGGAGGCCCAAGCAGGUGCACUCGGCAGCCACCCGCAGUUGCAGGGACCCCUCCUGGCACCUCCGCCCGGUGCGCCCUCCUCGGCUCGCGAACCUCGCGCUGCGCUCUGCCGCUGACAUGUGCGCCGCCCCGAUGCCGCCCCUGGCGCACAUCUUCCGAGGGACGUUCAUCCACUCCACCUGGACUAACCCCAUGGAGGUGCUACGGGACCACCUCCUCGGCGUGAGCGACAGCGGCAAAAUAGUGUUUUUAGAAGAAGCAUCUCAACAGGAAAAGCUGGCCAAAGAAUGGUGCUUCCGGCCGUGCGAAGUAAGAGAACUGAGCAACCAUGAGUUUUUCAUGCCUGGGCUGGUUGAUACGCACAUCCAUGCCGCUCAGUAUUCUUUUGCUGGGAGUAAUGUAGACCUGCCACUUUUGGACUGGCUGACCAAGUACACGUUUCCUGUAGAACACAAAUUCCAGAACCUCGAUUUUGCUGAAGAAAUAUAUACCAGAGUUGUCAGGAGAACACUAAAGAAUGGAACAACCACGGCUUGUUACUUUGGAACAAUUCACACUGACUCAUCCCUGCUCCUUGCAGAAAUUACAGAUAAAUUCGGGCAGCGGGCAUUUGUGGGCAAAGUCUGCAUGGAUUUGAAUGUUACUGUUCCCGAAUACAAGGAGACCACUGAGGUGUCAAUCGAGGAGACAGAGAGAUUUGUGUCGAGAAUGCUCCAAAAGAACUAUUCUAGAGUGAAGCCCAUAGUGACACCACGUUUUUCCCUUUCCUGCUCUGAGACUUUGUUGGGUAAACUGGGAAACCUCGCGAAGACCCAUAAUUUGCACAUUCAGAGCCACAUAAGUGAGAACUCCAGUGAAGUAGCAGCUGUGAAGAACUUAUUUCCCGAUUAUAAAAACUACACAGAUGUGUAUGAUAGGAACAAUCUUCUGACAAAUAAGACAGUGAUGGCGCACGGCUGCUACCUUUCUGCCGAGGAACUCAAGGUGUUCAGGGAGCGGGGAGCGGCGCUCUCACACUGCCCCAAUUCUAACUUAUCGCUCAGCAGCGGCUUUCUCAAUGUCCUUGAAGUCAUGAAACACAAAGUGAAAAUAGGGCUUGGUACAGAUGUGGCCGGUGGUUAUUCAUCUUCCAUGCUUGAUGCAAUCAGAAGAGCAGUGAUGGUUUCCAAUAUACUUUUAAUUAAUAAGAUAAAUGAGAAAAGCCUCAGCCUCAAAGAGGCCUUCAGACUAGCUACUCUUGGAGGCAGUCAAGCCCUGGGGCUGGAAAAAGAGAUUGGAAACUUUGAAGUGGGCAAGGAAUUUGAUGCCCUCCUGAUCAACCCCAAAGCGUCUGACUCUCCCAUUGACUUGUUUUCUGGGGAUUUUUUUGGUGAUCUGUCGGAAGCUGUUAUCCAGAAGUUCCUCUAUGUAGGAGAUGACCGAAAUAUUGAAGAAGUUUACGUGGGCGGAAAGCAGGUGGUACCCUUUUCAAGCUCAGUGUAAGACCCUUGGCCUCUACCAGCUCUGGGAUCACGUGGUUCUGCGUCUCCCUUGUGCCCGGGCGGAGUUAGAAAGUCAAAAAAUAGUAUCUUGUUCUUGGGAUGACUAUCUCUUUCUGUGUCUAGUUACAGUAUUCACUUGACAAAUCAUUUGAAGGAAGUUGCGUUAAUUCUCAACUCUGUUUGGGAGGAUUCAAAAUUUCUCCCUUUUGAGCUGUUCGGAUUUACUUUAAGCUCAAACAUAAGGGAAUGUUCUUCCUGAUGGUAUUCUUACUAUGAGAUUUAAGUGAAAUCACUCCAUAUUUGGAAAUGUGGAGAGAAAAGAUACUCCUAUAAGGUUAGAUACUUUGAGCUAAUAAAUGCGAAAAUCAGAAAUGGAGAAUGAAACAGUGGAUAUAUUUUUAUGAGGGAGAAAAAGUUAGACUAUGAGCAAACAUUGGAAAAUCAAUUGAGAUUAUGUUUGAAAAUUAAAUGCUGAGCAUAUUAAUUUCAGAAGAGAACUUGUUGAAUUUUAAAAUGUGUUUCUAGAUUGACCUUGUGUUCUGGAAAUUUGCACUUAAUGGAAUUUGCAUUUCAGAGAUGUUAUUGUUGUGCUUUGCCUUCUUUGGGCAUGAAAUGUCAGAAACUGGAUGCCACAUGCUUUCUUAAUACAGUUCUGUGCUUCAAAGUGUUCGACAGAGGUUGGGUAUUAAAGAUUUAAAGUAUUUUAGGAAUAUUAUUCAUAUAACUACAUGGCAUAAAUAGUGAUAUUUUUGUGUACUUCAGAAUCACCUUAAAGUAUAACUAUGUGAUGCUAUUAUUGCUUCCGUGUUAGUAGAAGAGAAACGCAUUCCAUACUCCACACUGUUGUGUAGACUGGUCUUCCUAAACUGGGGUAAGUGCUGGAUGUCAAGGAUCCGUCAGUACUACAAGGAAGGGUUCCAUUGCAAUGACGUAUUCUCUCCAAGAGUAAUGCCACAGUUGCUGAAAAUUUCAUACUCGGAUAUCAAUCUGUUAGAACUUUGAAAUGAAGGACAAAUUCAACUAAAAAUAUUGUUACAAAUCUUUAAAUCCUGUUUAUCGAAAGUACUCUGUGUUUCAAUUUUAUCCUAUUGACUUUUUACUUCAAAUAAUUUUCAGGACAUCAGAAUUUUAGGAUAAUGCAAACUAUGUAGAUGUCCCACCUAAUGGUUAUAUUAAUAGGACUUAAUCUGUACUAGACAUCUAGGAACAUGAAACAAAGCAAAAAGUAUUGUUAUGCCUCCCACCUCUUACAGUGUGCUUUCCCAUACCCUAUAAUUAAAAACAAAUUGACUUUAUGAUAAACCCUUAAGAAGUAUUGAUGUGAAUGUCACUUAAAUACUACAUUUUUCUCGUUUAAUUCCAAAUACUAUAAACCAAUGUGGAAAAGGAAUAGAUUUUCUUAAUAUAUCAGAACACUCAUGCUUAGAGCUUAAGUGUGACUCUUUAUUAUUUACUUUAGAGGGAGAACUUUAUGUAAUAUCGUAUAGCUAACUCCAUAUUUACCGAACUAAGACCAAAUUCCUCUUGUACUAUACUUUGUUCUCACAUAGUUAUGCUAAACCAGCAGUAAUUUGAUUUGCCUCCUUUUUGUUUUUUGUUUUUGUUUUCCCAGUGGAAACACUUUUAUAAUUGAUUUUGUAUACACAACACCUACUGAUCUUAUUUUUAUUCUUUUUAAGAACUUUUCUUAUUUGAGUACCGUCGACUCACAAUUUGAUCUUAUUUUAAAACAACAACAACAACGACAGAGUUUGUGUUGUGGGAUAUAAAGUAACUCAGUAAAUUCAGUUUCCGGUGUCAAUCUCUGUAUUUCCAGAAUUCCUAAUUCCCAAGCUAUGUCAACAAGGCCCCGCCAGUUUUCUCCCCAUUUCACUGUAGUGUUGACUGAGUGUUUCCUGCUCUGCCUCCUAGUCCCUGCCAAAGGAACAUGAUUACCUGGUGUCUAACCCACAGGAGCGGGCUUAAGAAUUUGGAUGAGACACGCAAAAUCCACUAAUAGGCAGCGACUAUCCCCAGCGUUUGCAAGAUCCUACACUUGUACCUUCCUUAAAGAUGUACAUUUUGACGUUGAACAUCAGUUUUCAUUUAGACUAAGGAUUCAUACACGGUGUAUAUAAGUAAGCGCAGCAUCAGCGACAAGUAGAAUGGAUCUAUACCACCGAUUUGUCGAACAUUAAAUGUAGCCCAGUAGGAUGUUAAGACCCUACUAUCCUUUCUAGUAAAAAUAGAAUGUGUUGACAUGUUUACAUGUAAUUUGAUCUCCCUGCAUCACUUACAACUUACGUGUUUGGUUUCUCCAAGUGCCGUGUUCCGAACGUCGCAUAUGCUUUUCGCGGCGCUACAGGCAUCGGCCGUACAUGUGGCCAAAUGCUCUACACUUUGAAACCUUGGCUUUGCCUCAUGCGGCUUAACUUUCUGAAUUGUGGACAGGCGGUAUUUCAACCCAACACGGUUUGUCACUUUAUGUUUGAAUAUUUUGCUCUCUGACAGGAAAGAAAGAAUUAAUUGAGACUUCUUAUCAGCCCCCUCACCUCACCCGGCACUGUUUGCCUCGGGUUUUAUGGUAGUUUUAGUGGCAUACACAUUAGCAGGUAAAAACUGAUUCAAUAGUGGUGACUAGCACACAUUUCAAAGGUACUUUUUACAACAGAACACAAAAGCAGGCCGAGCAGCUAAGGUGCACUGAAUUUCCAAAAGGGAAUGAAACAUGGGACUAAGGCCCGAGAGGUUGUCCUCAUAAUCAUAACCUGAGACUGAGACCCUGCUCCCUUCAUAAGCCCCUUCUCUGAUUUAAUUGUCAAGGGCUCUAGAAUCCAAGAGAGUAUCUUGAACUAGCUCCCUUCAUGGCAGGAGGAGAUCUUUCUGAGUUAUUAUUGUGAAAAUUGGACCCCACUGAAUCUCUUUUUCACUUCCGUGAGAAUUCUGCAUGGUGAAGGGAGGAAGUAGUUGGAAACACUCCUGUUACGCUCAGCUGAUUUUGAACUGUGCCCUUGAAAUCCCUGUUGGCAACUAAAGCUGAGAUGUCAGAGAGGAAACAUAGUGGAUGUGAGAUCCAGCAAUGUAUUUUGAAUCUUCACUCCCUUCCAGACUCUUCCUAUUUUUAAUCUUUCCACCUCAGAACUAGACAUAUGGAAGGCUUUCAAGGCAAGCUGGAAGGCACGUUGGAUCAGUUCUACCUUGUGCUAUACCUAAAAGAUCUCCAGAAGUGGAGGCUUGUGUAGUAAGUAGCCUCCGGGACAUCUUUUCAUUUUUGUCCAUUUUUUUAAAGUUGAUGAUGCUUCUGGACACAUUCACAUGUCUGAAAGGAGUGUUUGGAAUUUUAUAAGUUAGAUGAAGAAUUGUGUCAUGGCAACGUCUUGAAAUAAUUUUCAGAUUACAUGGAUUGUUAUGAAUUUUAGAAGAGAUAUUUGCAACUUCAGGUCUACCUAGCUCCUUUAGGUAUGAUUUUGGACCCCAACCCUUUUCAGUGUCUCUAAAGGAAAAGUGUGGAAACAAGUGCAAAGAUGAAGGAAGGGACACUGUUGGCAAGCCCUAGCAUUGGUCCCCAUGCAUGUUUUCACACCCGUCCUUUCCCUCCCACAGCCCCAAAGGCGAGAGAUUGAGAGCUGAGGGGUUAGUUUGUAAAUCUGAUCCGAAUUUACUGAAAUGCAAAAGUUGAACAGGCCAGUGAUGGACGUCAGUAUAAAUUCCAAGAUGGCUUUCAGAGUCCACGGGGUUCAAGUGACUUGAGUCACAGAUAUUACAUGGCAUUGACUUACCUGUCCACUUCCUACUCAAGAGCCUGUCAGAAAGCAUUCUCUAUCGAAAACCACCUUCCAUGGUUGUUAAGCUCCUGAUUGCUGCUUUUAAGAAUAUAUAUGUGUGUAUUCAUGGGGACAUUUUUACUCAAUAUUUGUGUGAUUUGCUUACUGUUCAUGUGCUGAGUGAACUCCUUUGUGCUUCAGACAAAAAUAAAUGAGAUUUUGUGUUUA